AUGCGUGGACAGCCGAUAAAUUUGUCUGUCGAGCGACCAGAAGCCAGAGAAAUUCGAUCCUGCAUGGAGGACUUCUUCGCCACGGGUUUCCAUCAGUUCUACACGGAGUUCCAGGAUGUGGCCGAGGAUGAGGAAUUGGGCAUGUGGGAUGAUCCUCUCUUCACGCCCAUCGCAUACACGCCACCAGAGCCGCCAGAGGCCACGGUGCAGAGUGUGCCUGGCCAGGAGGCCUUCAGCAGCUGGAGCGCCGAGGACUCCUGCAAAUUCGACUGGGAAUUGAAUCUGGAGCAGCUUCUGCUGGACGACUGCUCGCCCAUGCUCACGCCACUGCCCGAGAAGACGCCUCUGUGCUCGGACUCAUGCGAUGAGUUCCUCAAGGAGAGCUCGGAGAACCUCAAGCUGAGCUGUGCGCGGCAGGAGGAGAAGAUCUUCCGCUGCUCCUUCGCGUCAUGUGGCAAGUCAUACGCCAAGGCGGCACAUCUGAAGGCCCACGUGCGACGGCAUCUCGGCGACAAGCCCUACGCUUGCGUGUGGCCCAACUGCUCCUGGCGCUUCUCGCGCUCUGACGAGCUGGCGAGACACCGCAGGAGUCACUCAGGCGUGAAACCCUACAACUGCGACUACUGCCCGAAGUCCUUCGCCAGAUCCGAUCACCUGGCCAAGCACAGACGCGUGCACGAGCGGAAGAUCCUCUCUGGGAAGGUGAAGGGCGUCUGGCGCGCUCUGCCGCCCGCCAAGCCCGGCCGGAAGCCCAAAAAACCACCGUCAGCAUCGCCAGAUUUGCUUAUGUGAUCCGCGCCAAGUGUUCAGUUCGUUCAG